AUGGUCUGCUUACCCAUCUGGCAUUGGUACAUGUUUCUAGGCGACUGGUUGAAGUCGGAGAACGGCGUGAGGUUGGCCAAAAUGGACAGGAUGUUGGUUGGAGCAAACUCGACAUGCGAAUGGAUGUUGUUCUCAAUCUCUGCUGGAGUGACUGCAAUGUUCAUAAACACCUGUUCAAAUGGACCAAUAAUGUCCUCUUGGUCUAGAGGAAGGAACAUAGCCAAUCUCCAUGUCAAGAGGAAUGCCGUGCUUCUUUUCAACCUUCCAGAAUCUCAAGGUGUCUGCCACCACUCUUCCCUGUUUGUGAGAGCACCAUCCAAUGAUUCUUCCGUCCAGCUGCACACAACAAACGUUUGGUCCAGAAAUGUUCAUAGCAGAAGCCGUUGGAGAAACACCCAACUUAUACACAAGUUUUGGAACUUCGGAAACAUCAGAAGGACUGGUGGUGAUCUGACACUUGUGAGCCAAGUGGUUCAACAAACCACAUGGAGAUCCAUCGGGAGUAUGGACAGGACACAAAAAUCCCCACGAUUCAGGAAGCAGCUUACGAACCGCAGUGGUUUUCAGCUGUGCAAAGAAAGAACCUCUAUGAACCAUUCGGAAAUGCGAGAUGAACCGGUGGAAAUUAAUCUUUUCGGCAACAACCGUGUAACCACUCACUUGCUGCAAAUCCAAUCCAGAUUGCGACACAAGGUUACCUGUAGAGAGGAAAUACUCGAAAGAGGGUCUGAUGAUGGCCAUAGGAUGGUUUCUUCUCUGAACAAUCAACAUUCUGAUCAGCUUCUCGAUACCGUUCACAAUGAAAUAUCCUCCCAAUUCGUCAGUUUCCUCACGCAGGUUGACCAGCUGGUCCGGAGACAGGUUUUCCAGAUGACAUCUGUUGGAUUGCAACAUGAUGGGUAUUUGACCGGCUUCUCUAACCUCACUGAUCUCCUCUCCGUCGUUGACCGACCAGCAAACUUUGAGCAAGAGUCUGGCUCUAUACGAGGUCAUUCUUUCUCUGCACUCUGCAGGAUAUGUAUUUCUAACCACAGAGAGCUUGUCAGUAGAAGGCACUUGAGGCUUGGCCACCUGGACAGAGUCCACUCUGAUCUUGAGUUUGUUUCCCAAUCUGGUCACAUCGUUCGAGUCAAAGAUCGUUUUCGUGCCGAUAUCUUUAACAGCCUGGUUCAGUAG